AUGGCCGACUCCCGCUUUUCAGCCACAUUUUGGCUCAUGUUACAAAGCUUUUACCUCUUGGCCGUGACCUCCCAGGCUGUAGGGGGCACCACAGAGACGCUAUGUAUCACGGUGAACCCCUAUAAAGAAGUCUCACUGGACGUGAACCUGGAGCUUAAUGGUGACAGAGUCGUACUUCUGAAGGAAAAAUCUAUUAAAAAAGAAUACUACCGCUGUAUCCUGUUCCAGGUUCCUGUCGUAAGCGUGGAAUCAGUAGCGUCUAUUGGCAUUCAGAUAAAUGGAGAAAGCACAUUCCUGAACAAGACAACAAAGAUCCUCAUCAAACCUCCGACUUCUCUGAUUAUCAUUCAGACGGAUAAACCCAUCUACAAACCAGGACAAACUGUGAUGUUCCGCAUCGUCUCUGUGGAUUCCAAUUUCCUCACCUACAAUCAGACGUUUCCGACAAUAGAAGUGCAGGACCCAAAUUCGAACCGCAUUGGUCAGUGGCUGAACGUCGCCACACAGAGCGGUCUUGUGGAUCUGUCAUAUCCCUUGAACUCUGAGGCCACAAAAGGAUUUUAUAUCAUCACUGUCCGGAGCCUGAAAAAAGAAGUGAUCACACAAUCCUUUGAAGUCAUGGACUACGGUCAGACUCAGUUUAUCUUAUACUGUAUUUUAGCACUGCGUUUAUUGUCUCUUUUAGUUCUGCCCACGUUUGAAGUGACGGUCCAACUUCCUCCAGUCAUAACCAUCCUGGACACACAGGCUACGCUGAAAGUGUGUGCUAAAUAUACAUACGGGAAGCCGGUGAAUGGGACGGUGAAGGCCAAAGUCUGUCAUAACAGCUACAGAUACUUCUGGUUCCCACCAGGAAGCACAACCGUACCAGACAUCUGCAAGGACUAUAUAUUCAAGGUUAAUCAGCUUACUCUGAAACCAACAGAAUAUGCUCAUAAUGUGAAGUGGAAGAAUAUGGCACUGGCAGAGUAUGAAACGACUAACAGAAAAGUUGUAUAUGUGGCAAAUCAGCUCACACCAUACUACCCUAAAGCCUACCUCAGUCUUCAGCCUUUCUACUCCCAGAGCCUGAGUUUUAUUAAAUUGAGGAGCAGCUCGAUGCCUUUCAGCUGCGAUAAAAAUACUGUGAUUGAAGCAGAGUACAUGAUACACGACGAUACACGCACAAGUCCCUAUAUGUCCUUCUUCUACAUGAAUGGCAUUGUGUGGCUGGCUGAUGCACUUAAACUUCGAAUAUUUAUCUGUUUUGUAGCAGAGAUCAGAGGCACACUGUUUUUGUCACUGAGGAACAUGCUACAGUUGUCCCCGGUUGCUCAGGUGGUCCUGUACACAAUCCUUUCCAGUGGUGAGGCUGUGGCAGACAGUAUGAACUUCCCCAUUCAGCUGUGUUUGGCUAACAAGGUGUCUCUGAAUUUCUCACAGUCGUCUGAGCUUCCUGGUGCUAAGGUGUCAUUGAUCCUGAGAGCCACCCCAGGAUCACUGUGUUCAGUGAGGGCCAUCGAUCAGAGUCUGUUAUUGCUGAAACCAGAGAACGAGCUCAACACGGAAUCUGUGUUCAACAUGCUUCCUGUCCAGACGUUAUCAGGAUAUCCAUACAACAUCUAUGAAGAGGAUUCAUCCCAAUGCUCGGGGGACCCACCCAUCAUCAACAUAUUUGCAAAACUACGGCCAAUUUAUAUACCAACCUACGGAAAAAUCGACGUGUACAACACCUUUAAAGAUGUUGGAAUCAAGAUCCUCACCAAUGCCAUAGUCAAGAAACCUAUUCCGUGUUUUAUCCCACUUAGGAGAACUCCAUCCGCAGCUGUAGCCAAGGAUGGAACAACCAGUGCUAAAAGUGCAGAUGCUUCAGCUACCUCGAGUCCAUCAACUCCUUCAGUUGCACCAGUCGUUACGAUCCGCAAAUAUUUCCCAGAGACGUGGAUUUGGGAUCUCGUUUCAGUCAGGUGUGCAUGUUUAACUGAAUUUUGUUUCCACUUUCUUCUGGCUGUGUUACUGAGUCAGUGUUUUUUCCUCUACAGUCAGACUGGAGCAACGACCGUUAUUAAAACGGUUCCAGAUUCCAUCACUACAUGGCAGGCUGGUGCAUUUUGUACAUCAUCUGUCGGGUUCGGAGUCGCACCGAAUACCAAGCUCACUGCCUUCCAGCCUUUCUUUGUGAGCCUCACCAUGCCGAGCUCCGUCAUCCGAGGAGAAGUGUUCACGCUCAAAGCCACUGUCUUCAACUACCUUCGAAGCUGUAUCAUGGUGAAGGUGAGUUUGGCUGGCUCAAAGCAGUUCUCAGCACAAGUGUGUAAAAACUGCAGUUACACAAGCUGCCUGUGUGCUGACGAGAGCCAGACCUUCUCCUGGACCAUCACACCACUGGUUCUGGGGGAGGUAAGCAUCAAUGUGACGGCGGAGGCUGUGAAAUCAGCGACUCGGUGUGGGGCGAGUGCAGUUACUGUACCACAGAAAGGACGCAUCGACAUGGUCAUUAAAACACUGCAAGUGAAGGCUGAGGGAACCAAACUAUGUACAAGCUACAAUGAACUUCUCUGUCCAGAUGGUAUUGUUCAGGCGACUGUCUCACUGAUUCUGCCUGAGGUGUUCGUGGAAGGUUCAGCCAUGGCCUCAGUCUCUGUCCUGGGAGAUCUGAUGGGCCGAGCUCUACAGAACCUGGCAAGUCUCCUUGCGAUGCCGUAUGGCUGUGGAGAGCAAAACAUGCUACUCUUCGCCCCCAACAUCUUCAUCCUGCUGUACCUGGAGAGCACCAACCAGCUCACGCCCCAGAUCAGGAGCACGGCCAUGACCUACCUCGUGAGCGGAUAUCAGAGAGAACUGACGUACAAACACACUGAUGGAUCUUACAGUGCUUUUGGGAUGAGUGAUCCGUCAGGCAACACAUGGUUGACGGCGUUCGUGAUGAAGUCUUUCGGAAGUGCCAAGCGAUACAUCUUUGUAGAUCAGUUGUUUGUGGAUCAGGCGAAGGCCUGGCUCAGUCAGCAGCAGCAGGCUAAUGGAUGCUUUGCCUCAGUGGGACGACUCAUCCACACUGACAUGAAGGGAGGGGUGAAUGAUGAGGUGACUCUCUCGGCGUACGUCGCAGCUGCAAUGCUGGAGCUCAAUUAUACAAUUGCAGAUCCUGUGGUGAACAGGAGUCUCGAGUGCCUGAGGAAUGCGUACACUCAAGUGAACUCCACCUACGCCAAGGCUCUCCUUUUCUACACCUUCACUCUAGCUGGAGAUCAGGCGAUCAGGAACACCCUCAUCUUAGACCUGGAUGCAAAGGCCAUAGUCUCAGGGGGCGGGAGGCACUGGAGCAGAGUGGAUAGUGGGUCUUUGACGGACUCUUUGGAGGUGGAGAUUACCUCGUAUGUGCUUCUGGCUCUGAUGUCUGGACCCCAGCUCUCUGGGUUUGGUCUGGGUUACAGUACCAGCAUCGUCCGUUGGCUUUCUCAGCAGCAGAACGCCUUCGGGGGUUUCAGGUCUACACAGGACACUGUCGUGGCUCUCCAGGCUCUGGCAAAAUUCAGUCUCGUCACCUACAGUCCAGCAGGAGCUGUUAAUGUUACUAUAACAUCACCAUCAGGGGUGAUUAACAUGUUUAACAUCAAUCAGAGUAACAGGCUGCUGUAUCAGGAGAGUCAGCUGGAGGAGGUUCCUGGAGAUUACAACAUCACAGCACAAGGGAAAGGCUGUGUGUACGUGCAGUUCACUUUGUGCUACAACAUCCCUCCUCCUCCUGACCAGUCUUCAUUUACUAUCUCAGCCUCAGCAUCUGGAAAAUGCAAGGUCCCAAAUCCAUCUCUGGAAGUGAAAAUUACUGUCAGGUAUAACGGUCAACGAUUGCUGACCAACAUGGUGAUCAUUAACGUCAAGCUUCUGUCUGGAUUCAGUGCGGAUGGGACGUCUGUGAUGCUUGUGAACAGCAGUCCAGAUUCGACUGAUGGAUCUGUGAACAGUGUGGAACAAGCUGAUGGUGAAGUCAAUAUCUACCUGAAUGGACUGAAAAAAGGAGUGGAGAAGGUGUACACGCUGAGGAUCGUGCAGGACAUUGCAGUGGCGAAACUGAAACCAGCCGUUGUGAAGGUUUACGACUACUACGAGACCGGUGACUCUGCUGUAACUGACUACACCUCACCAUGCACUUAAUACAGAAAACGUGCGCUUUAAUCCAUCAUCUCUUUUCUUUUUCACUUUUUUCUCCAUAUUUUACUUUCAUCUACAGUAAAAACUUUGCAAUUUCACAAAAGGUUAGUAAGUACUAAAUGAUAGUUAAUUAUUAAUAGUUUAAACACUCAUGGUUGUGCUGUUGUAGGAAAAUAAUCAGCGACAGGGUGGUGUGACGUAGCCAGAUGUGUAGCAGAGUUACUGUUACCACACUGAAGUUGAUAAUUUUUCUAUAACAGCAUGCCCCAAAGUGUUUUCUUCCUCUAAUAUGAAAGAAUCACACAUCAUAUAUUUUUAGCUAUUUAAAGUUACAUUUAGUAUUGUGGACAAUAUUGUUAUUAAGACAAAAACCCUGAGACACUGCAAAGUAUAAACUCUACUGUCCUGAACUCCUCCCCAGCUACAUCUUUACCCCUGACUGUUACAAAGUGCUGACACUGGAGACUCCUUCCAUAAAUGUUAAAUAAAUGGCUCCGUAUCAAUGAAAGUGGCACCAUAUCAACGAUUACAAACACGUUUAAGUCUGUUUAUGUGUCAUACAAGUACCUGUGAAUGAGCUGUUACUAUCGAAACAGUUAAACAUAUUCAUACAAGCUCAUUAAUUGAUUUACUUUUCAUUUUACUUUCUGAUAUAGAGCUGAUUACUGAUAUUUGAGCAAAUAUGUAGCUUUAAAGUGUUAGUAUACUGAUUCAGACUUAAUUCUAAGUGAUUUUACUCUAAUCCUGAAUAAAUAAACAGAUGCUUACUAAUCCAGCAAAGCCUUGUUUCUAAUUAAUUUCAUCAGGAUUUCAUUACUGAGCCUGAUGCUUUCCUACAAGAUGCAGUUUGUUCAUACGGAACGUGUUUUCUGU